AUGGCAAAAGCUUUCCAUACAUUGCAAAAAAGUGAUGUCAUCCAGCACAAUACCAGAGCCGAUACCCUUAAAGGUCGAAUACCUGAGGGAAACAUGGAAUCCUUGGCGACAAACAACCGUUUCGUUGCUCUGAACAGCCGAUGGCUGUCAAGCGAACUCCAACAAGCCGCCCUAUCCAGACUUCUGCGAUAUCUGCAUGCACCGUUUGCUGCACUGCAGAAAACACGCAUCAGCGACCGCGCUCUCAUCAGUAUCGACAAUUACACCAUCUACUGCGGCGAUGCUGAUGAAGGGAAAGUAGGAGGCUGCUCAAUGUUUGUUAGGAACGAUUAUAACAACCUGGUGGAGGAGUUUGGAUCAAAGUCGUCAAGAUGCGCCUUUGUACGAUUGCAAGGUCACAAAGGACUCAAACUCUGGAUCUUAAGUGCUCACGCACCUACGGAGAUCGCAGAGGACCACAACAAGGACGCGUUUUAUGAUGAACUCAAUACGUUGAUGUCCAAAAUACCAAGCCAGCAGGUGGUCAUUGUCGGAAUCGACGCAAAUGCGAAGAUGGGACUCGAACAGCAAUCCGAUGUGCUUGGAAAAUGGUUCUAUGCCAUCGAACAGACAUCGGACAACUUAAAUCGUCUGAUAGGCCUUUGCGAGCAGACAAAUCUCAUCACUGAAUCCACGUUUAAGAGGAAUCAUCGACGCCAUCAGCUUACAUGGCGAGGCACAACCCCAUUAACGCCAAAAGAGCAGCGAAAGCGGAAGAUGCCGACUCUUAAGCUUUAA